UAUUAUUUUUAUUAUUACUAUUUCUCAGGAUCUUUUAUGUCAAUUAAAAUUAAAUGUAUUGUUUCAAAUAUUCGUCGUGGUCGCCGUGUCUCAUCCUGCAAAGAAGAGACAACAAUCAAGGGGAGGUACACUGUUGUGAGGCUCGUGGAAGAAACCAUGUGAUUAGAGUGACAGUCGAGUGACCACUCUCAUGUUACGAUGGGUUCCUCAAGAUUCGUAGCCGCCACACUGUGGGUCCAUUGGCUAAUACUGCUCCUCGUUGCCUUACCUUCGAUCCUUUCUUCCGAUGCCGCCAAUUAUUUGUACGGCUCUCUACCAGCACAAGAUUCCGAUCCUGUCUUGGAAUAUGAGGCACCAGAAGUUGGCUCUGUUCUCAAUGAGAUGGGCGAAGACGCUGCUGCUCGUCCUAAUUUUCUUUAUUCUCCCCAUGAGGGCAAUCGAGUCGUGCUCUACUACAUGCCUUGGUGUCCCCAUUGCCGAGCCUAUGUACCCACCUACAUUGCGCUAGCACGUCGUGUAGAGGAGAUCAUCACUCAAGAAAGUCAAUCAUCAUUCCAAAACAAAAAACUUUUGUCAUCAGUAAGAUUCUACGCCGUUUCAUGUCAACCAAACCAUCAAGUUUGCAAGGAGCAGCAUGUCCACGGAGUUCCAGGAAUCAAGAUUUUUCGAGCGGGAUCAGCGGAUGGAGUCCCUGCCGACCCCAACAAGUUGCACCCAUUUCAAAUAAUGAGAAUUCUGGGAAUUCCAUUUGGGGGGACUGUGGAAGAGGAAGACUCGGCUAGACAACAACGCUCGUCCCUUAAAAAGGUCACUCCAACAAUCAGCGACAAGACAAGGUUCUUCAAACGCAGCAAAUCGGAUCUCUACGGAGAUGCCUACCGAUCCUUUUAUUUUGCCAUGAAAACAGAGGUUUUUGUACAGAACGGGGUCCUACCAGAAGAUUCCAAAAAGGCCCUCGCGGACUGGCUGCUGCUUCUGCAGGAUACGUUACCUACAACUUGGAGCAUUCAAUUGCUUCUAGCAGACCUUGUCGCCAAUUUUGAAACGAUUACCCAAGACGAAAGCAAUUUACUUGCUAUUUUGGUCAAGUAUCCACCCAAAAGCACAGAAUGGAGUCCUUCCUGCACCAAAGGUGUGGAAGGCAUGGGAUAUAUGUGUGGUUUGUGGGGCCUUUUUCACAUCAUGACGGUUGGGAUGGUGGAGUUUAAUGAAAAUGUCAUUGCCGAGAAUGAACAAGCAUCAUAUCAUACGGAAGAGGUGGCAAAUGUUGUGAAAAGCUACAUUCAACACUUUUUUGGAUGCCUCGUGUGCCGGGAGCACUUUAUUCAGUCCUUUGAUUCCUGUGCAUAUGAUCGAUGCCACCGGUUGGUCAAGGUGGUGGGGGAUGGCAAACAAUUCUGGGUCCAAUUGCCUUUGUGGCUCUGGCAGGAGCACAAUGGGGUCAACGUGCGAUUGCUACAGGAACGGGCAGAGGAGAAAGUUACAAGAAUGGAAGAAGAAGUGGUGCAAUGGCCUCUACGGGCGAACUGUCCCAAAUGCUGGCAAGAGGAUGGAACAAUGGAUGAGGACAUUGUGUACUCGUAUCUUCUGCAAGAGUACUGGCCUCCAGAUACUUCUAUCAGUGCAAGAUCAUUAGUAGACAAGGGAAAGGCAGAAAGCGAGGAUACUGCCGAUAAGUCGGUUCUGGCCAUUCCCUUGGCUCUUUUGCUGCUCCCAUUUAUUGGCCCAGGAUGUUUGUUGGUAAUCAAGUUUCGAAAACGGAGGGAAAAGAAGAGAAGGGGGAGGAGCAAGAAACUGGACUUGUAAUAUAGUCCAGGACGAGACAUUGCUAAAAGUAUCUUGGUACUGGUAUUGGUAGCAUACCUUGCUACUUACUACCGAAGCUUGUGUGGUUGGAUACUAAACAGGAUUCUAGCCAGUGCUGUCUAGCUAGCGAGCGAUGUCUAGCUAGCUAGCGGAUAUUCAUAUGAAUUCAAUGGUACCCAUUUGCCAGAUUCGAUCAUUCGAUUGAUUCGAUUCGAUUCGAUUCGAUUCGAUCCAGAUUGAAUGAGAAUCAGUAAGUUCCGAUGGCAGACGAGUUUGGAGAGUGAAAAGGUCUCGGUAUGCCGACUAUUGGCGUUAGUGUAGUCGUUUGUCCAAGGGCGCUGCCAAUAGAGAGCUGCCAGCUCUUGCACUUAAGAAAGUGGUUCCGUUGUCAAUCAAAGCUGGCUUGCGUCCAGCAAAGGAGCGAAAAAGGAGCCAAGGACGCU